UGUUGUGUUUUUCAGGUUGUGUUUGUGUAUGUGUGUAUGUGAGAGCUGUGUAGUGUGAGUGUGUGUUUGUAAACGUGCACAGCUCGGAUACAGUCACCGCUUUGCACCGCGGGGCAGCCUCCGUGUGUUCCUACAUGCACGUUUACCGUUSCGGCUCCGCAGCCGUUGUCCCCCAGCGAUGACCGAAAGCCCCGCGACCAAAGCCGCCAACGGGGAAGUAGCAGCGGGUCUGCAUGCGAAGAACGGACUGAGACCGGACAGGAACGGCUUCUCGAAGAGCCUCCUCUGCUGCCACGAGUGGCCGCCCAAGACGAAUCACGGACAGCGGCAGGACGAGGAAGAGGACUUUGUGCCACUCUACCAGGACUUUGAGAACUUUUACACCAGAAACCUUUACAUGAGGAUACGAGACAACUGGAACAGACCCAUAUGUAGUGUCCCUGGAGCCAAGAUGGACCUGAUGGAACGAGUCUCCCCYGACUACAACUGGACCUUUGAACUCACAGGCCGGGUAGUAAAGGAUGUGAUUAACCUGGGCUCAUAUAAUUACCUCGGCUUCGCUGAGAACACGGGGCUGUGUGCCGACGCUGCAGCCAAGGUCACCAUGACGUACGGCGUCGGCGUGGCGAGCACCAGGCAGGAAAUUGGUAACCUGGACAGACACGAGGAGAUGGAGAAACUGACGGCGAGGUUCCUGGGUGUGGAGUCAGCCAUGGCCUUUGGAAUGGGCUUUGCAACCAACUCCAUGAACAUACCUGCUCUUACUGGCAAGAUAUGCAGAGCCUUGAGAAGCUGCUGAGAGAAGCUAUAGUUCACGGUCAGCCCAGGACUCACAGACCCUGGAAGAAGAUCCUGAUAGUUGUAGAGGGUAUUUACAGUAUGGAGGGCAGUAUAGUGCGCCUCCCAGAGAUUGUUGCUCUGAAGAAGCACUACAGGGCCUACCUUUACCUAGACGAGGCCCACAGCAUCGGGGCUCUGGGUCAGAGGGGAAGAGGGGUGGUGGAUUACUUUGGUCUUGACCCCUGUGAUGUGGACGUCAUGAUGGGCACCUUUACCAAGAGCUUUAGUGCUGCAGGGGGAUACAUCGCAGGGAAAAGGGAGCUCAUCCAGUACCUGCGCUCCCACUCUCACAGUGCAGUUUAUGCCACUUCCAUGUCUCCUCCUGUGGUGGAGCAAAUCAUCACUUCUAUGAAGUGCAUUAUGGGGGAAGAUGGAACGACAAUAGGCUCUGACCGCGUACGGCAGCUUGCAGAAAACACCGUCUACUUCCGCACAAGGCUUCAGGAAAUGGGUUUCAUCAUCUACGGCAACGACGACUCCCCGGUCGUACCCAUGAUGCUCUACAUGCCCGCCAAGAUUGGAGCGUUCGGCAGAGAGAUGCUGAAGAGAAACAUCGGGGUGGUGGUCGUGGGCUUCCCUGCCACGCCCAUCAUCGAGUCGCGGGCACGCUUCUGCAUCUCCGCCGCUCAUUCCAAAAACAUGCUGGACAGGGCGCUGAGUGCCAUCAGCGAGGUCGGGGACCUUCUUCAGCUCAAAUACUCCCGUCACAGAAAGCAGCCGCGGUCCUUUGACGAUGACAUCUACGACGACAUCGAUGACUGACGAAGUGAACCGGAACGGAUGUGCACGACUUACAGAACCCCACAAUAAAAAUGGAAAGCUCCUCUUUUUUGCCUUAAAUGUGCCGAACKUUUGUGUUUAAACACUGAAAACAGCUCCUCUGUGCUCUGUUCUUUGUGUCAAGAUUUGUUUUAGUUGGUUUUCUGUCGUCAUUAAACUCUGGUGUUCAGUUAGUUACAGCAUCAUUUUCCAGAUGUUAAAGUAUCAAGUAAGUUAACAAGUUUUUUUUUUCUUUUUCUUUUUACUUUUAAGGAUAUAAUGUGGAAUUCAAGUUACACUUUUAACCAUUAAAGACUUUUGUUUUAAGUCCGGGACUUUUCAUGUUGCUGAUUGUUGCACAGAACCACAGAUCUUCUGGUUUUAUCCCAUUCGCCUGUCCGAGGUUUCCUUUUUGGAGAUUUUGUUUAAAAAUCACAUUCCUUGAAUUCUUUCAAGGAGCAGAACUAUUCUGCAAACGUUUUGCUCCGAGCAUGAUCAGACCAAAUGAGGCUUCUUUUUUUCUUUUUCUUUUCUCUUCCUUUUUUUCAACCACUCCCAGCUAUAUCAGACAAGUAAAGAAAAUGUAGCAAAUCAGUUAAUUGCAGCGGAACUCUUAGACAGAAAUGGUUUCUCUUUUUGCGAGGAAAAAUACUUAAGAACCRAAGUUCCUUCUUAUUAAAACAUUGUUCACGUUUUGUUUAUAAAAGCUAAAGCCUGCAGGCACUUUGUGUAACGUGGAGAAAAGUUUCUAACUUCCUGUUGAACUGCAAAUUUUUACUUGUAAAUAAAAAAAGGCUUCUUUUUUUUUCGUUUUCUAAUUGUUUAGAUGUGAGAUACAUUCAUCUGCUCUGGAAAAUCAUACAUUUAGAUAACUUUUGGGUUGGUUGUAGAGUGGUGGUACUGCCUGAGACCACCCAGAUCCAAGGCUGAUGGGGAGGUGGGGUCCUCGUACCGUCACCUGUAGAGGACAUCAUGUUUAGACGAGCUCCUCUGCUCUUUAGUCCUCAACAUUCAGAUAAAGACCCCUCCAGGGCUUUGACCGCUCAGGCUAAAAAAUGUUUUGUAUUUGUUUUAGUUUUCCAGAUCAUGUCAAACUUACAUAAACACACUUUCUUCUGUUGCUGUUGUUCAGUUUCUGGUUUUAUUUGGUCACUAAGAAAAACCCAGAAUCAACCAGAUUUCAGUUUGUGUUUGCGUGCACAGUUGCUAUGUUGUUCUGUUUCCKCCAUGUUUAUUUGUGUCUUUCUCUACAUGAUGUUCAUGGCUUGGGGGAAGAUCUCAGUCUUGACUGAAGGCAGCUGUUUAACUUGCAGGCGUCGACACUUGCACGUACACACUGCGUGUUUCGCAGCCACUUGUAGUUUAGACGAAUGCAUGCGCAAUAUUUACACUGAAGGUCUGUUCUGCUCACGUCUUUCUGUUCAGCACUAGAUGCUUGGAGAGCUUUUUUAAAAAAUUUACUCUUGUAGAUGCAGGCUGAUGUUUUGGUUUGGUUUACAUAUUUAAAGAUUUGCACAAAAGGAAAUAAUCAUGAUUGUUAAAAAAGGCUAUUGUUCCAGAUCAGCUCGUGACCUCAUGUUUUAUUGAGCAUAAAUGAAACCUUCAGGUUUGUUUUUUUGUUUUGUUUUGUUUUGUUUUGUUUUUGUUUUUUGUUUUUCCAUCCAUUAAAUUUCUUCUGUUCCUGGAAAAAGAACUGGAUAAAUCAGCCUGAAAUCCUGUGUUAAAAUGCUUUAUUUUAUAACUGCUGUAACUUGGAUCAUGUWGUCACAACAGGUCAAAUAUUUUCUGAUACUAGUGCCUUUAAACAAAUUGUUUUCUAUGAAGAGAAAAGAUGGGACCCCCUGCUUUAGUUCUUUGCGUAGCACUGAUUGUGUUGUGUUUGUUGACUCACUAACAUGCGUUUUAUUCUAACAUGCACUAAUUGGAACACAGAAACAUAAAUGUGCCACUAUGAUUAAAACCUGUGUGAAAAUGUACAGUUUAUAAGGACUCCUGAUUGGUCUUUAUGUUACAGGAAACCAAUAAAACAUUAACCUUG